AUGCCUAAGAGAAACAGAGACGUUUACGAGACUAUUAGUACUAGUCCGCAUAUGCUAGUAAAUAUACCUCACGAUUUGGUGGUAGAAGAGAUUCUUGAGAAACUUCCGGUGAAAUCACUAUUGAGAUUUAGAACUGUGUCGAAACUAUGGAGAACUGAAAUAGAGUCCCGUCGCUUCCAGGAGAGACAUCUGAUGUAUCAGCAGAAAUCUCGAGACGUGAGCAUUCUGAUAUGUUAUCCUACGCUUGACGACUGUGGAAAAGCUUCUCUUAGGUCAUUGAGUUUGGGAGCAACGUUAGUUUCGGAAGAGAACCAUAUUCGUUACGAUGUCUCUUCCAAAAAGGAAAUUGGUGUGAGAAUUACACGUAGUUGUGAUGGUCUUGCUUGCCUAUAUUCAAAAACCUUCAUGUAUGUGAUCAAUCCCGCAACUAGAUGGCACCGUAAACUCCCUCAGGCCAGAUUUCAAACACUUGCUGAGGUAACAAAUAACUACUCUCCACGUCCUUGCCUGGGAUUUGGUAAAGACAACAUCACAGGGAUGUACAAGAUUGUUUGGUUGUACAACUCUCAUUGGUUAAACCUAGACGGGCAAACUAAUACAUGCGAGGUUUUCUCUUUCGACAACAAUAACAACACUUGGAGGCACGAUGUGAUUGUUUCUUGUCCUUAUCCUAUAAUACAUGAUAAAGUUCCAGCGAAUGCACAUGGAUUUCUCUAUUAG